CACUUUAAAUCUAACUCCAAAACGUCAAAAAAUUUCUAUAGAAUUAAAAAAGCAAAUAAUUGAUUACUACUUGGCAAAUCCAAAAACUUCUUUAAAACAAAUAGCAGAAGAAUUUAGUAAUUUUAAUAUUUUACUUAAAAAAUCAAGUAUUCACUCAAUUCUUAAAAACAAACAAAAUAUCAUUGCUGCAAUAAAUAAUGGAAUAAAAAUUAAACGUUCACAUUUAACAAAAGGAAGGCAUGCAAAUUUUGAUGAUGCUCUUUUAAAUUGGAUUAGACAAGUUAGGGCUGAAAAUGUUGUUAUUACGGGAACUUUAUUGAAGCAAUGGAAAUGGCUAAUUUAAUGGGAAUUGACAAUUUUAAGGCAAGCAAUGGAUGGAUGGAAAAAUUUAAAGAAAGGCAUUCAAUAAGAUUCAGAACAGAAAAAAGCGAACCAGAAGAGCCUAUUAUUGACAUUAUACAAAAUGUAACAAAUUGGGAAGUUUUUCAAAAUGCUCUAAAUUUGGAUAUUUGUGAAAGCCCUGUAGAAGAAAUUGAAGAUUUUGAAAUUGUUAUGCCAAUAUCGACAGAUUUAGCUCGUCAAUCAUACCUUUGUUUACGUAAAUAUUGGCAAGAAAAUGGUUUAGAUGAAAGUCUUUAUUCAUCUUUUGACAAAAUUGAAGACAUUUUGUUUAAAGAAGAAUUGGAUGAUAAUAAUUUAAUUGAAGAAUAA